AUGGGCGUUCAACUUCAAGGACAUGGCCCUGGGGAGGCGCCCAUGAAUCCAGAGGUUGCGGUUCCUCUGUUUGUUGUGGGAGGACUCAUCGCGAUCUUGUUCGCCUGGAGAACCGUUGUCCGAAUUAGACACCGUCGUCGGUCAAAACUGGCCUUGCAAAACGACGAUCAGAGGGGACUAUCUCGGACAAGUGCUGUCAAUGCGAGUCUCAAGAAGCAUAUGCUCUACGCACCGUUUUUCGGAAAUCGACACAGCCGCGAGUUCCGAUUUAUGAAACUCCACAUGGGAUCGGUCCCCUUGCGGCUGGAGGUGAUCCUCUUGCUCAUCUACCUCGCUUUGAAUGUCGUCUUCGUCAUUGUGACAGUAGAUUGGUGGGAGGGCUUCUCCAAGAAGAUGUUCCAGCUCAAGUACGCGGCUGGCCAUUUGGCUGUCAUGAAUACGCCUGGUUUGGUGCUGAGUGCUGGACGGAACAACCCCUUGGUGGCUCUACUUGGACUGUCUUUUGAUACCUUCAAUUUCAUGCAUCGAUGGGUUGGACGUGUCAUUGCAGCUAACGCUCUCAUACACAUGAGCGCCGUUCUUGCCAAUCAAGCUCAUGAGAAGGGCACAGAUUAUAUUCUUUACACCAUCUGGCAGAUGCCAUUUUAUAUUUAUGGGCUUGUUGCACUCCUCGGGUUCGUGUUCAUCUUCAUCCAAUCCUUGUCUCCAAUUCGACACUCCUUUUACGAACUUUUCCUGCACUUACAUAUCGCGUUGGCGAUCAUGUCAUUCGUCGCUCUGUGGUACCACCUUAAGAAUUUGUUGCAGCAACGAGUCCUCCUCGGUACAUUGAUUCUGUGGGGGCUCGAUCGAGCCGGCCGUCUUGGAAUCCUCAUCUGGAGAAACUGCGGCAAGCGACGCACAACGGCAACUGUCGAAAUCCUUCCAGGCUCCGUGGCUCGCGUGAAUGUCGAUGUUUCCCGAGCUUGGAACUUCCGCCCCGGUCAAUACAUGUACCUGUACCUGCCGUGUCUGGGAUUAUGGACGUCGCAUCCUUUCACAGUCGCUUGGAAAUCAAUGAACGAUGGUUAUUCGAUGAGCGAGAAGAACAGCUCCAGCGAUUCCUUUGCUGCUCUUCUCGAAGGGUCGCAGACGACUACCAUGUCGGUUCUGAUCAAGGGUCAAGAUGGAUUUACGAAGAAGCUCCUUCAAAAGGCCGAGGACUCACCACAGGGUCGUAUUCAGGCCAUGGCGCUGGCCGAGGGCCCAUUCGGUGGCAUCCACUGUCUCGCUUCGUAUGGCACAUUGCUUCUGGUCGCGGGAGGCAUCGGCAUCACCCACCCGAUGUCGUAUUUACAUGACGUGGUCUCAAAUUUUGCUUCCAAGAAGUCCGCGACUCGCAAAGUUCAUCUUGUCUGGAUGAUUCGAAGCUUAGAUCAUCUAGCAUGGAUCCACACCUGGAUGCUGGAUGUCUUGAGCCACGACGCCCUGAAUAGCACUGUCAAACCCAACGGAAACAACUAUUUCCAAUUGCCGAAUCUGAUGCUCUCCAUCCGUAUUCACGUCACAGGCCAUACGGAUAAUAUGGAAGAGUACUUCCCCCAGCCCGACACCCCAUGGACAGAAUGUGCCCCAGCCAAUGUCUCUGUGAGCGUUGCCCAUGGUAAACCGUGCUUCAAAUCAUUACUAGAGAACGAGGUGGCUGAGCAGCUUGGUGCACUAGCUGUCAGUGUAUGCGGCCCUGGUGGCCUGGGAGACAGUGUCCGUCAAGCUGUGCGAGAUGUACAAGGGGACAAGACAGUUGAUUUGUUCGAAGAGGCGUUCUCGUGGUAA